GUGAGAUGAUGAAAUAUAUCACAUUGAAACGGUUUUGAAACUUAAUGUACCAUCAAGUUACCAAAAAAAAAUUUUGGACCAACCUGAAACAUUUAUGAAAUUUUUUGAACCACCGGUGUAAUUGAUCCUGGAUGAUAAUGAUGUACGCAUACACUUGUGAAAUUAGUAUAGACAAAUGUAAAAUUCUUGUGAAAUUCUCCUCUCGUCUUCUCUAUGCUCUAAGGAGAAACCAUCCUCUCUCCUCCUCUCCUAGGUGACCCACUGGCCAUCAAUCGCCACUCAGGCACAGACUCACUCUCUCUGUCGCUCGCCGGUCGGCUCUACCUCUCCAUGGAUCAGGCUCUACUUAGUCACUCGCUUUCUCUCAGUCUCUCUCUCUCUCUCUCUCUAAAGAUGUCUCUCUUUGCAGAUGUGGAAUUUCGGGGGUCCCGUUUGGGAGAUGAAAAGGAUAAGAAAGAAGGUGGAAGAGUCUGGGGAAAACAACAGUAUAGAGAAGAGGGAAAGGUGAACAUCUAUUAGCGCGGCAAAGGGAAUUUAUUAGGUGAACGUGUAUCAAUAGGAAAAGGGUUUUUUUUUAAAAAAAAAUACAAAAUAUAGAUGGCACAAGCUGAGGAUUUUCGAGGUUUCAGCAGGAGCUUAGGACUACCGUAUAGAACUCUAUGGACUCCACUCUUCUACUUUAAUAUAUUACAUAUUGAUUUGUUCAGAUUGUCUCAUGCUAUAUUUGCCUCACGUUAAUAACAAUACAACUUCUGACAGAGCAUCGUUACCGCCGAAGUAAGGUUUCUAUCAGAUGAAGCUUCCAAGAAAACGCAAAGAUGAGCUUGAGGUUAAAAUCUGCAUCACAGUUCACUUCCUCACCACCACUGCAUCUCUCAAAUAGUUUUUGGCCGUCUAAUUGACCCGCAGAUAAUUUUAUCAUAUCUGACCUGCCCAUGGCAAAAUUAUCCAAAGAUAUCUUCCCCGAGAUCCUUAUGAGACUGCCCAUUAAACCGCUGGUCCAAUUCAAGUGCGUCAGCAAGCAAUGGCAUUCGCUGAUCUUGAACCCCCCAUUCAUCCGAUCCCAGCUCCAGUGUGCGUUGUCGCGAAAACCACACUUGAGCACGAGAGUCCUCCUCGCUAACUGUCCACUUAAGUCUAUAAGCAUUGAAUCGCUGAGUGAUCCCAAUGUCGAAGCUCCUCCUACAACAGUGCUAAAGCUUCCUGUCAAGAUACCCCGGGAAUGUGUGAUUGAUGUUGUCGGCUCUUGCAAUGGUCUGGUUUGCUUGCAUGUAAGUGGCAAGGGUUUGAUCGUAUUGAACCCAACCACAGGGGAUUGCAGGGAGCUGCCUAACUCUAAGGUUGCUCCUUGGAAUAAUAAACUCUUUUAUGGAUUCGGUUACGAUACUCAUACUGACGACUACAAAGUAGUUUGGGGUUGUCCUGCGGAUCUUGGAGGUGGAGCUAAUUCUAAUCAAACUAGUAUCGUGAUCUUUUCCCUGAGAACAAAUUCCUGCAGGUGUCUAUUAGAGGGCACUGAGCUUAGAAAUUAUAACAGAGGAGUUUAUGCCAGUGGAUGCCUGCACUGGCUAAUGAGCGGUAGUGCAUCAGAGCCGGUUAGCAGAAUAAUCUCAUUCGACUUGUCAGCGGAGAAAUUCCACGAGAUUGUAACUGUACCCAUGACUGCUACAGAUGACCUUGAGAGUGUGCUUUUGGAAGGCUUAGUUGUUACCGGAGAGUGUCUCUUUGUAUAUAGACGCUUAACGACCCAUUUCGAGGCAUGGGUGAUGAAGCUGGAAGGGAAAGAGACUUCUUGGACCAAGUGGUGUAGUUUUCCGAUGGAUGUGAUGCCUGUGAAUCGUUACUGUUGGUUCCAUCCUAUCGCCUUCACACAAGAUGGAAAUAUCAUCUCAGCUGAAUUGGUACUGUACCUAUACAAUUUCAAGGAAAAUGCAAUAAGGAGGUUCGACUUUGAUGAGGACGAGGAGGAGUCAUAUUUCGGAUCUGCUACUUAUAUUGAGAGCCUCGUCUCACCCUACAGCGAUACUCAAAGUGUCGAGGAUGAAGAGGUUUAGAGAAUAUGUGGCAAGUCGUUUCACCCUAUCUUAUCUUAUGUAAGUUUCUUUCUCGUUUGUUUCUAUGUUGGUGUAUUGGUACUUUCGACCAUCAAGUAUGAUACAAUAUAUUUAUGUAAUUUCAUGUCCGUUAGUCACUACUAGACCAGUAAUUUAUG